AUGGGAUUGGGAGCUCAUUUGAGAAAGGCAUCUGACGACUUGUCACCCACGGCUUCACUCAAAGAUGGGGAUUUCCCGAAUAAUGGGUACACAGAGCAGAAACCAAAGUGCAGAUCGAGGCCUGGUUUCGUGAGACGUGGCACGGUGGACGAUGCAUUGAGUUUCCAAUUCAGCAAUAACCCAGGGGCGGCGGGGGUGUCGCCACCUUCGUCAUCUCGCGGCUCGAUCGUGGGCAGGCUAUCCAAGCACAAAGUGAGUGACUCCAUCGCCUCGGACUCGGCGAUGCCGCCCUCCGACGCCCCCUCCAGCUUGAGUUUGAACGGCUCGCUGUCCACGAGCAUAGAGCCCCAAUUGGUGAGACCUCCCUCGGUGAUUAGUCUUGUUAGUGUGCCACUCGAUGAUUACACCACGGACCAAACGUUGAGUCCCGAUGCUUACGAGGAGGACUCGAGAAUAGACCGUGACAUGAACCCGCACCAGAGUAUAGCGAGUUUGUUUGACGAUCACGAUCUCAGAUCUAUGCAUUCUUCGCAGGGGAAAAGCUCCGACGAGGACAUCUCAUCGCUUUCGUCGGAGACACGAGAAAAUGUCGCUUUGGGCAAAACCUCCUAUUUGAAUAAUAUAAACUACAUUCGGGAUCAUUUGAACUACUUGAAUCAAAGCUUGAAUGUUCACAGGUCCCGCGGCGGAUCGCAAGGCUCGUUUCAAGACUUUGCCAAUAUUCAACCGGAAACAAUCCCGGGGUAUACGUUAACAAACCAGUUUGGAUCAUCGCACCAUCGAGCCAAUUUGUUGUACUUUGCUGUGAAAUCAGGCCAGAGUGAGAUAUCAAACUCGGAAACGUUCCAAUGUAAAUUGGCAUCGCGAGAUGCUAGUUGGAUCGAACCAAAUUCAAAAGUCAUUAUGCGGAUUUCGCCCAAUCUUUUGAAAAGCUCAUCGUUAUCGCGUUUGCUCAAUGAGUGGUACAUACUUUCUGGAUACAACCCCCCGGAAACUCAUCCGCUUUGGACCAACGAAACUUUGACUAAUGAAUACAUCAAGGACUCAAACAUACCUCGCUUGUGCAAGGAUGCGGUUCACAAUCCGCCAACAUUGCCACCGAACAUGCCCGGUGUCUUGUACCCAAAGGAGAUUUUGUCAUUUAGUUUUAUCGAUGAGCAAAACGAGGAUUUCCCCAGGAGACGAAGCUCGCGUUGGCAAAAGCGAAUUGCGCUGGUUUACGAAGACGACGACUACAGGACUUUUUUCGAUUUCGCCAACGAGGGCUUGGAGAACCAUGACGACAGAGACGGCUCUUUCUCUUCAAACGGCUCCGGAGGCAGAAGACGAUCCAACACUAGUGUCAACUCGGCUUCAAAUAUUACUCCAAGUGAGAGUAUGGACUACUCGAGUGGAUUCUUUAACGGGAUCGGCAACACGGGAGGCUCGAUAUCAACACACUCAUUCUUCAACAAACUAGCUCGCCAAAUAACCAGCAACCCCAAGACCCCACUCAAGAUCAUUGAGAUUGUUUCCGAUAUAAUCAAAGUCGUCGAAACUUUAGCCACUUUGCACGAGUUGGGGUUUGUCCACAACGGAUUGACUAGUCUGAAUUUGUUGAAAUCGCAAAAUGACCAAAACAAUGUCAAGAUUAUGGGCUGGGAGUACGCGUUCAGCCACGCUGAAAAUUGUCAUUAUGGUUAUCGCAAGACACAUCUCAAUGAAAUCAAGGACUUGGUCCCGUACAUGUCACCUGAGCUGACCGGAGUUGUCAAUCAGUUUGUUGACUACCACUCGGAUUUCUAUUCGCUUGGAAUCAUCUUGUACGAGUUGCUUUUGGGUGCGUUACCUUUCCAAAGCGACGACCCAAAUUCCAUCAUUCGGAUGCAAAUUUUCCAAAAACCCGUGGCGCCGCAUUUGUUGGCCCCCAACUGGAUCACAGAAAAGUUGAGCUCGGUUAUUAUGAGAUGCUUGGAAAAGAAUCCCAUGGACCGCUAUUCUGAUUGCUAUUCUUUGCUCAGCGAUUUGAUGCUCAUCAAAAAUAAUUACAUUGGCAAAGUGAGCUCAUUGGGCGAACUUGUUUGGAACCAUUGGAAAAAGACCGAUGACUUUGAUGUGUACUUGAACAAACAGAAGCUCAAGCAUCCGGAAAAGAUACGCCAUAGCCCGCUGCUAAAUUUCGACACCAAAUUUAUCGGACGGGACGAUUUCUACAAAAGAGUGUUUGAAACUUACAACAAUAUGUACACUGGUGGCGUCAAUAUGAUUUUCAUCAGCGGCGAGAGUGGCUCGGGGAAAACCAUUAUAUUGAACGACCUUCGAGCGGGGGCCUUUUUCAAAUACGAUUUUUACUGCUUUUGGAAAUUCAGCUACUCAGACACGGGCAAUUCCAUCUACUCGUACCUUUUGAAUGGAAUCAAAACCAUUAUUGGCCAGAUUUUAGAGUGCUCGGAAGAGAUUCAAAGCAGCUGGAGAGAGUUGAUUGUCAAGUACAUUCCGUUGGAUUUGAGCAUUUUGUUUUACUUGAUACCGGAGUUGCGUAAAUUGUUGGGAGAAAAGUACGUUUCCAUCUAUCUGCGCAAGCUGGGCGCCAACACCCCUGGUACACCUGGAAAGGAGGAACCCACGGCGAGCCUUGAAGUUAAAUUUAGAGAGAUUAUCAAAGCUUUCUAUAAAGUUGUUGGAUACCAGGGUUUAACAAUUUUCAUUGAUGACGUGCAUUGGUGCACGCAAGAGUCGUGGGCGUUGCUAUGUGACUUGUUGGCGUACAACGAAGACGAAAGCGACGUUGGUGAAAUGGCCAUGAAAAUUGUUGUGACUUUUUCCACAAAUGCCGAGCAGUUUAUCGAGCCCAUGGAUACACGAGAUAAGGAAAAAGCGUUUAAAAACUAUGUCGACAAGUCAAACAUUGAUCUCCACGUUUUUGAUGUUCCCUUGAUUCCCAAGUCGGCGUAUGUGCAAUGGGUGGCAAACACAUUAGGCUCGCAUGGAUCGAGUUUCGCCCCGCCAGCGGGCGAAGCAGCGCAGCAGACGAGUAUGUCCUCAAUGUAUGACCAGCAACGAAGCGCAAACCACGACUCCAAAAACUCUAAGCUGAUGCACAGCAAAGUCGACGGUACAGGUGAUUUCUUUGACGUGUCCAACGGGAAUGUUUUGCUUGUUUUGUAUGCAGCAAGAAUGGCCAGGUUUUCCCAGCACUGCUACUAUCUUCCCAACACGAGCCAUGACCAGUUGGUUGUGGACAACUUGAGUCCCAGCAACUAUGGCCAUACCAACUACGAAGUGGUUUCGAAUUAUCUUCACUCUGCAACAAAUGCCGAGACUCAAGAGUUGCUCGACUACGUCGCCAUCAUUUCAAAUGGAUCCGGUUUCCAUCUUUCCGACUUGAUUGUUGCGGCAAACUUGCCCAUUGGCAAAGUUUUCCGCUUUUUACAAUUGUUGAUUGUGGCCAAGAUCAUCGUGCCCACAAGCACAUAUUACAAGGUCCCCUUUCACCUCCUUACUAGCAGUGACUCGCCCUUUGAUCUUUCCGAUAACAAUAUUUGGGAGCUAGCUUCAAACUGCAGUUAUAAGUUUUUCCACGACUCGCUUUGCACUCACAUUAUUUCCGAGUUGGUUGCCUCUGGCAAAUACCAAGAAAUCUCUAGGCUAUGUGCAUUGAGAUACUACAAAAACAUCAUCAAAGAAAAGACCUUAAACAUUGGUGGGUAUUUACAAAUGGCGAGCUAUUUCCAUCAGUCGUACGAAGUGGCCAGGCUGGAGGAGAAGGAGGUAUAUAUAGAGGUGUUGGUUCAGGCCGGCAGGUACGCUUCCUCAACAUACAACAUGAAGUUGGCGCAAAAAUUUUUCGAAGUUGUUGGUGAGCUAGUCGACGAGCUUGAUCCCAAGAGGCAAUUGAAAUCGAUCUUGACGAUUGCCCAAAACCACUACUACUUCAAGGAUUAUGACAAGUGUUUAGAUGUCAUUGAAUCAGCACAAGCAAAAUAUGGGUUUGACCAGUUGGUCUUUUUGUUUCAAAUUGUGCGGUGCAAGGUGCAGCUUGGCCAGAUAGAGGAAGCAGUCAGCUUAUGUCUAGAGAGAUUUCCAAAAUUGGGAAUCACAAUUUCAGGAGAUGAAGAGCUGAAUCAAAAGGCGUAUGAAAAGAUGCGAUCAAAAGUCCCCGUUUCCAUUCCCGAAAUUCGAGGCAUUUUGAAAUUGAAGGAAGCCAAGGAUCCAAGAACCAUCUUGAUCUUCCACCUCAUAUCGCAGAUUCUUUCGCCGCUAGUGCUUUUGCAAAUGAAUGCGAGCAGGAAGUUGCUCGUGAUCCAAGGGAUGACAGCUGUGUUCAAGUACGGGGCUACACCUUUUGCCGCUUUGAUAUUGCUUGAUUUUGCAGCUGAUUUUGCAAGAGAGUUUUCGCCUUCGGGGCAAAUGAAAGCCAAGGAGUUGUGCAAAGUGGCGCUAGCUUUGGUCAACCGCGCCACCGAUGUUUCAUUAUCAUUCACCAGAACGAUUUAUGAAAUCUACGUGUGCACGUUGGCAUAUCUUGUUGAACCACUACCAACAGUACAGAAAUACUUUGAGAUUGGUGCAGAGACGGAUCAAAACGAUACGCUUUCAACUUUUACCGACUUGAACUUGGCAUUGGGGACCUCGAAAUUGUUCUUUUUGAUCCUUAGUGGAAGGGCAUACGAGACCUCGUACCUGCUUAAAUAUCGCCGAGCACAGCGCCCGAAAAUGGAUGUCCUGGAUGAACAAAUGUUUCUCUUUGAUGGCGAAGAUGUCAUGUUUGGAAGUCUUCACUUUGAGGCAUUUAAAGCCAAAUACGAGGCUGCGUUUGCAACGAAAAACCCGCUUAGUCAAUUGUGCUACUAUAUUAUUUUGUUGACGGGGCUGAUUGCCUCGGGAAGGUAUGACGACGCCUGCAAAACGAUGCUUGACAAUCUCAACACCAUUCUGGACGAUUUCCCGAUUUUGUUUUUCACGCCGUACUAUUAUCUUUUGUUUGCAGUGCUGAUUGCAUAUUCAUCGGUAGGCUCACCUGAGUACGAAAGCAGAAAGAGCUUUGCCCUUGACGAAGUUCAAAGACGAAUGAAGCUAUGGGCGUCCGCAAACGAAAAGUCGUUUCAAAGUAAAUACUUGAUGAUCAAGGCUUUUAAGCUCAUGAGAGAGAAGAAAACGGAGUUGUUGACGGUCCUCGACUGUUUUGAGGAAUCUAUUGAUGUGGCCAAGUCCAACGGCAAUAUGUUUGAGUACUCGUGGUUCUCCAUCAACUGCGCUAGGUGGUUGGUGAGAGCUGGCCAGAAUGAAAAGAGGGUCCGCAAAUUUGCAAAGAUGGGGAUAGAUGUCAUGAAGAGCUUGGAUUUCCAGGAGUAUGUGAGAGGCUUGGAAGAGGAGUUUGCCAAGUACAUGAAGCUCGACUCCAGCGCCUAUUCUUGGGCUGGGUUGAAUGGUUCCGAGAUUAGAGAAGCUGCUGCAACUCCUGGUCCAAUCGUGCCUACUAGUUAUGAUCUCAAUGCUAAUGCUGAGUUGAGACUGAAGAUGAAGAUUAGUCGAAAAACAAGAAAAGCAGCGCACAAGGAGGACACGAAUCCAAACUCCAAUGCAGCUUACGACCUAUACUCUACUAUUCAGGCCUGUCUAGGGAUCUCCGAAGCGCCGAGUGAGAAAUCCAUCUUGUUGGAGUUGUUGGGCUGCUCAGUCAAUUUUGCCGAGGUGGACUACGGUGUUGUUGUGUCCAACGACGAUGUGGAACCCAAGAUUAUUGCUGUUGGCUCAGCUCAACAUAUCUAUGCGUUGCAAGAGGAGCCUCUCAGCUCUAGAGUCGACGUGUGCCCCAUUUCGCUAAUUCAAUAUGUUUUACAAAGUGGUGAGAGCGUCAAUAGAGAGGACGACCACAUUGCUUUUGCAAACAAGUUUGGCAAGGAUUUUUAUUACCACUACGACGCAGCAUCGAGCGUGCUUUGUGUGCCGUUGAAAGGUCUGUUUGGAAUUUUUGGUGCACUUUACCUUGAGAAUGACAAUAGAAAGGAUAAAAAGAAGGCCGUGUUUGAUGGCCGAAAGCGGGACUUGUUGAACUUGUUUUGCUCUCAGGCUUCAGUCGCGAUGGGCAAAGCAAAGCUCAUUUCACAAAUGGAGUUGGCGAAAAUGGCAGCUGAAGAGGCUACUGCUGAAAAGGCAAGUUUCUUGGCCAACAUGUCACACGAGAUCAGGACGCCGUUCAACUCGUUGUUGUCCUGCUCGAUAUUCUUGUUGGAUACGUCAUUAAACUCGACGCAAAGAGAAUAUGUGGAAGCGAUAAAGAGCUCGGCCAUGGUGACGUUGAAUAUCAUUGAUGGAAUAUUGGCUUUUUCGAAAAUAGAGCAUGGUUCGUUCACGUUGGAUAGUGCGCCUUUUUCGUUGAAUGACUGCAUUGAAAGUGCCAUACAAUUGGGAGGCGAGCAAGUGGUCAACAAUGAGUUGGAGUUGGUGUUCUUCAACAAUUGCCCGCAGAUUGACAUCGUGAUGGGCGACGUGACGCGGGUAAGGCAAAUCAUCAUCAAUUUAGUCGGUAAUGCAAUAAAAUUCACCAGUCAGGGCCACAUUAUCGUUUCAUGCAACGCUGUGGAGCUCACUGCUGACAGAUACGAGAUUACCAUCUCGGUGGAGGAUACUGGAAUUGGUAUUCCCGAGAUGUCUCACAAGAAAGUCUUUGGAGCCUUUUCGCAAGUGGAUGGCUCGUCAAGGCGUGAGUUUGGUGGUUCUGGUUUGGGACUCGCGAUAUCCAAGAAAUUGGCCGACAUUAUGGGCGGCGACAUUAGAUUCGAGAGUCAAGAAGGAGUCGGAAGUACUUUUUACUUUAACGUUAGCUUGAAUGUGAAGUUGUUUGAAAAGCCAGAGAUUGAACUACCAGGUAAGCAAGCCGUGAUUAUUAGCAAGUUGGAACUCACAAGUGAAAGUUUAAAGAACAUGUUGACUUUUUUCAAGUUGCAUGCUUCUGAUGUGCAGAACGUGAGCGAUGCAGAGAAUGUCAAAGACAAGGAUUACUUUUUUGUUAAUACCGAAGAAUAUGACGAUUUCAGCAAGUUGGAGACUCAGUUGAAAGAAAGUGUCAAGAUUGUCAUUUUGGCGCAGUUUGGCAAACCGUUAACUGGCGAGAGUGCCAAAUACGAAGCUUUGUUGUGUCCAUUCCAAAGGGAAAGGGUCGUGAGAUUGCUUCGUCACCAAGAAGAAGUCAACAUCAAACCGACUGUGGUCAGCCCCAUACGCUUGGCCGAUGAGUACCCGUUGAGAAUCUUGCUCGCGGAGGACAAUUUGCUCAAUUAUAAAGUUGCACUAAAAUACCUUGAAAAAUUGGGCUAUCAAGCAGACCAUGCCAAAGACGGUGUCAAAGUUUUGGAAAAAUGCGACGAGUUAUUACAGAAGGAUCAAAAAUACGAUGUCAUAUUGAUGGAUAUACAAAUGCCCAAUAAGGAUGGAAUAACUGCUACGCAAGAGUUGAUUGCCAAGUACAAGAGUCUCGGCAAGGACGACUCUAUCCCAAAGAUUGUGGCCUUGACGGCAAACGUAGCCGGUGACGACCGCGAUAGGUGUAUAAAAUGCGGUAUGGUUGACUUCAUUUCAAAACCUAUCUUGCCAAAUGAAUUGAAACGCGUUUUAAAGAAUUUGGGUCAAACAAUUAGCGAAGAGAAGAUGGCAGUAUAG